CGGAAGGUUUAUAGCGAGGGACCAAGAUGGCGGCGCCCAGCGCUACGGCCGCUGCUGCCGCUGCCCCGGAGAACGAGGAUGGCGAUUCGGGGGGCAAGACGAAGUCUCCGGCCAUCACGCCGCAGAAGAUACGGGAGCUGAUCGAUGAGGGGAUCGCUCCGGAGGAAAGCAGCCCGGAAGGAAAGGAUUCAUCUGCUUUCUCUGAAGUAGCAAAUGGAUCUCCCCAGAUCGACGAUCUGCCUUUUGAGGCCACCAGUAAGGAAGCCUACUUCAGCAGAGUGAAAACAUUUACCUCUCUCAAGUGGGCAGGCAAACCCCACGAGUUGUCUCCUUUGAUUUGUGCCAAGUAUGGAUGGACCAAUAUCGAGUGCGAUAUGUUGAAGUGUGCCAGCUGCCAGGCCUACCUCUGUGCCAGUCUACAGCUGGCUUUCGACUUUAGCAAGUACAAAGAGAGGUGCGUGGAGCUGAGGAAGGCUUUGUCAGCGGCUCACGAGAAGUUCUGCUUCUGGCCUGACAGCCCCUGCCCAGAUCGCUUUUCUGUCUUGCUGGUCGACGAGCCCCUUGCCCUUUUCAGCGACUUCCUGGAGCGCUUUCAGAGCCUCUGCCAGUUAGAACUUCAGCUGCCCACUCUGAAAUCAGAAGAUCUCAAAAGCAUGGGUUUGACAGAAGAGAAGAUCAGCCACGUCUUGCAGCUGAUCGAGGAGGAAGCCGACUGCAAAACAGACAGUGAGAAGACGCCAGUCAAACGUGCCUCAGACCUUCAGAUCCAUGUCCCGGCCUGCAUCUUGGCCCUCUGUGGAUGGACUAGUAGCCCUUCCUCUGGAUCCGUCCAUCUCCCCUUGAUCACCUGCUGUCACUGCAUGAGGAAGGUGGGUCUAUGGGGUUUCCACCAGAUUGAGUCGGCCAUCCCUGAGAUGGAGCCUCCCUCCAACCUCACCAGCACUCCUCUCCCAUUUUCGGAUGGGCGCACGGACAGAGUCUCUGCGGUGCCCACAUCCCCACGCCGGAUGAUGACCCGUAGCCGGGACACGAGCUUCCCUCUGGGCUCUGAGCAGCACGAGAAGAGCCCGUCCCCCGUGAUCAGCCGCAUGCGCAGCUGGGACAGCUCCAGCGAACGAGCCGAGGCGGAAGCAGCGAGCCCCACCACCCGCAGCCGUCCCGUCACCCGCAGCAUGGGGCAAAGCGAUGGCAGCCUGGGGGCAGAGGUCUCCUGCAGCCCUCACCGGAGGACCAAGCGGGCGCGACUGUGCUCCACCAGCAGCUCGGAUUCAUCUAUCCGGAGCUUCUUUGACCCCAUUUCCCAGCACCGCGACUGGUGCCCGUGGGUCAAUGUGAUGAAGGAUCCUGUGAGCUCUGGAGGGACCCAACAGGAGGAGAAGGAAAACCUCGGCUGGCAGGUCACCCUGAAGGCCCUCCUGGCUUCUAGGCAGUCCGACCGGCCUGUGGAUGUGGAGUCAGAGAACCUCUCUGUGAAAUCCCGCAGGGUCUUCCGGAUUUUCCGGCAAUGGGACGCUCCCUGUUCCUCCUGAGGACUUCCGGCCUUUGACAGCAUUGUGGAAAGGAACCUGCUAAGCAUAAUGGAUGGAAUUCUCUCUCUGUCUCUUUGUUAUUAAUGGAAAAAGACUUAUUAUUUGCACUGGUGGCAAGGCUGUCCCGGGAAAACUUGCCUUCGCUCCAAACUUGUAUCCCGGAGUAAUCCUCAAGGGCAG